AUGGCACAUAGCCUGCUCAACGAGUGCAUCAACGAGUGUGUGGUGGCUCAGUGGGCGCAUGCUGAUGGCCGCGUCGCCACUCUUGGGUCUGUGCUGCCCACCAACGGCGAAGAUAGUUGGUUCAUGCUGAAAGUUAGCCUCGGUCCCGCCCUCGAAGCCUUCGUUCGCUUUACGCUUAGCCUUUCUCUCUGCGUGCACGGUCGCAGCCGCCGUCGACCCGUGAUGCUCGUGCUACCUGCUAGUUCUUUGGCAUCUCGCUCCUUCGCUUUCGAAACACUCAAAAUCCCUGAGACGGGUGCCUUGGCUCCGGCGCUCCAUGGGGCUGGCUUCUCCGAUAACGGCUUCGUUCUCGCUGCCACUUUCAGUCUAAAAGAGCCCGGCUAUGUCACUCUGCCCACUAGUAACCUGGAGGUCAUUCGGCCCACAAAUGCAACCGCCAGCAACAUCCUCGCCGGUCUAAAAUCCCUUUCGCAGACCCUCGACUUCACUGUAUUUCUCAAACCCAGUGACUAUGCCCGGACUGGACUGAAGUGCAUUGCUGACCACCUACGAAACGACGCACUUAACCCGCUUGGUCUUAUCCUUGCCGCCGAAGUUGGCGCCAACUUGGCACCUCUCGAUUGGAGCCGCUGUGAGCUGUUUGGGUCCGCUAAGAAAGCCCGCCGUCACGAAACUAAGAGCUUUCCACGACAUAGCUCCGCAGCACAUCCUCCGCCUUACAAUGAGCAGGACAAUGCGCUCCCGGUCGUAUGCGUGGAACGCAGCCUCAGCCCCAGCUGCAACGUCCCAGAAAGUCCACAGCCUCCUGCCCUCGUCUCAUCCCCAGAUGCAGCUACGCUCAGGACUCGCGUCGACCUUGAGGGCACCCUCGCGAUGUGGAUCACCCAAGCCCUCACUGUUAACCCCACGGUCUACUGCCACCCACACCUGCGCCCCACCCUCCGCGCCAUGGGCCGUCACGCCCGUGCCUCCGACCUGCACGCCUUUCGCGCCGCCCGCGCCCGCUGCGCCGCGCUGUUCUUCUAUGAACCCCACGCCAACGCCGCAGUCGAUCAUGCCCAGCACAUGCGCGAGUUCUACGUGACCGAUAUGGAACGCCUAUUGGCAUGGAUGCUCGAUGAGGAGGAUGGUGACUGCUUUGCCGACUUCAUGGCGUGGGCGGAUCUGCUGGCGCUGGGCGACGCGGCGCGGGACGCGGUCGCUUCCAGCGAUAAUGUGGAGCUCAAGGAUAAGUACAACCGCGCAAAGGGUAUAUGUGUGAGCAAGGUGCUGGCCGAGUACGGGUAG